AUGGGUCUCGACCCGAAUGCUCAGCCCAAGGCGGGCCGCAAACCUCGUCGAAAGGUUCAGAAUAAACCCGGUCAGAAGAAGCAAGCAAAUGCCACCAAAGCUUCAGCUUCACGAAACCAGUCCCGGCGCGCCACCCUCCCGCGUCAGCCGUACGUCCAGGAGACAUACCACCCCAGCGAAAAUGUGCAUUUCGAAACACCCGAGUCGUGGGAGGGACGCCACGUCAAGUUGGUGAAUAAUACCAAGCGGGUGUACUUUUCAGAAAGGUUUUCCAUCACAGACGCUCAUAUUGACGCCCUCAUCUCUGUGGGAGCCGACUUCUGCCAGUCUCUGCGCAGCUUCUCUGCAGGGGACGCAGAAACAGGCAAGGGCUAUGACUUGACGGACGCCGCCAUCGAUCGUCUUGCCAAAGCGUGUCCCAACCUCGUUCACGUCAGUCUCGACGGCGCAGUUCAACUCACAGACAAGUCUCUUCUGUCCCUCUUCACGAAUUGCCCAAAUCUAGUCUUUGUUCAUCUCUCGGGCAACGACAAUUCGCCCGGCAAGGUCAGGGGGACUGCUCUUCGCAAGCUGAAAGACAGCCCGGCCAUGGCGCCGAAACUGGUCGAGCUGAAGCUGUCAGACCAGUCCGAGAUUGACGAGAGGCUCGAGGCGGCGAUGAAGGCGCUGUCGGCGGCGAGGAAGGAUCUCCUGAUUCGGGCGGGUAACACGCAUGAGGAGUAUGGGUCGAUUCACUACUGGCUUGGGGGGAAGAAUAAGUUUGAGUUUGAGGUAUACGGAGGGGCAUCCGGCAUGGGAUUUGGACCGUGGUGA